CGGCUCGGUGCCUGGUGCCGCCGCGACCCGCAGCACCGGGCGAGGUGGGCGCACCGGGGGGGCUCCCCCGCCUUCGCCCAUGGGGCUGGGGGUGCCCCUUUCCUGAGCGGGGUUGCAGAUCGGGCGGCGGUGUGGGGGGGUGUUGCCCCCCCCCCUUUUUUUUUUUUUUUUUUUUUUUUUUUUUUUUUUUCCUUCCUGCCACCCCCUCCUCCCCUCCAUGCAGAGAUGGAAUUUGACUCGUAUCAACACUACUUUUACGACCACGACGCCCAGGAGGAUUUCCACCGCUCCACGGCACCCAGCGAGGAUAUCUGGAAGAAGUUCGAGCUGGUCCCCACGCCCCCCCUCUCCCCCCUGGGACCCCGGGGCGGAGGAAGCGCUCCGGCUGGUUCUCCCGCUACUGCCUGGCCGGGGAAGAGCCGGAAUAUCUCAUAGGGACGGGGGAGAUUCGGGAAUCUGAGCGCUUUCAUCCUCAAAGAUUGCAUGUGGAGCGGGUUUUCAGCCCGGGAGAGACUGGAGAAGGCGAUGACAGAGAAACUUUCCACGGGCACGCAGCGGGCCACCCCCCACAAACCCUCAUUCGCGCAGGAUUUGGGGUUCAGCAGCUCGGUGAGCGAGUGCGUGGAUCCCGCCGCCGUUUUCCUUUGCCCGCUGGCCGAGAGCAAGGUCCCCGCAUCCUCGGGAUCCGAGGGCCAAAGCGAUUCUGAAGGUGAGGAGAUUGACGUGGUGACAGUGGAGAAGAGACAAUCGCUCAGCCUGAGGAAGCCGGUCACCAUCACGCUGCGUGCCGACCCCUUGGACCCCUGUAUGAAACGCUUCCACAUCUCCGUCCACCAGCAGCAGCACAACUACGCCGCCCGUUCACCGCCGGACGCCUGUGCCCCCCCGGAGCCACCCCAGAGGGAUGAGGAUGAGCCACCGAGCUCUGCAGAGCCAGCCCCUGCCGUCACGCUGCCUGAGCCCAGCUUGCCAAAAGCCAGCAGCAGCCCCGGCUCUGACAGCGAGGACGUGGCCAAGAGGAAAAACCACAAUUACCUGGAGCGCAAGCGCCGCAACGACCUGCGCUCGCGCUUCCUGGCCCUGCGGGACCAGGUGCCCGGGCUCGCCAGCUGCCCCAAGACACCCAAAGUGGUGAUCCUGAGCAAAUCCUCCGAGUACCUGCAGUCGCUCAUCAGUGCCGAGAGGAGGAUGGCGGCCGAGAAGCGGCAGCUACGGCUGCGGCAGACCCAGCUGCUCAAACGGAUUGCUCACCUCAAGGGACACUAACAUCCCACGUGCCCCCCCCACCCUGGUCCCCAUGACCCUCUGUCUCCCUCUCAAUUUGCACAUUGAUUUUUUUGGUUGUUGUUGUUUUUUUUUUUUUUUUUUCUGUUGGUUGUUGAACUGUUGGCCCCAGGGGGCUGGAGCAUGCGGCGGUUGCUGCUUGUGGGGUGGCUGUGGGAAUGGGGCCAAAGUGGGGCCCCCCUGCCCCAGCAUCACCUGCCCGGGGCUGGCUUCUUAGCACGGGGCGUUGCAAGAUUUCCCCUGUUCCCCCCUGUGAAGCUUUCUCAAGUGACUGCUUCGAUUUGCAGGCUCAACACCAUUCCCCCUCCCUGGCAGCCCUUGCAUCUCUCUCUGCCGUUUACCACCAACAGCAUCUCUAGGAGCUGCCCCAGGAACCCACCCCCGAAAGUCCCACGCAACCGUGGUCUGCUUUGGCUCAUGGAAGCAGGCAGAGGAAGACAUGGAGAGCCCAGCGUGGGCUUCGUCUCCGGACAGAUCCCCAGGGUGAUGGUGAUGACAGGAUGUCUCUCACCAGGAUUAACAGCACCCCAUGGGCCGUCCCCUUGCUCGGCUGGACCGUACCUCACUUUCUUACCACUUCAUGCAGUAGCUUGUCUUGGAUUUUAUGUUCUAGAAACUGCUGCUGUUACUGCGAGUCUUAUACUGGAGGCUGUGUUUUUAUACUGUAUUUUUGUACCACUUUUUGAGAAGUAUUGGUAAAGAGUUUGCUUUUUUUAUAUAUAUAUAAAAACUUUUUUUUGGAGGGGGGUUCCUGCUGCACUUUAGGGAGAUCGGGAAGGGGCUGGCUCCUGCUGGACCCUUGAACUGAGUCCUCGCAGAGGCCAGUUCCUCCCUUGCAGCUCUCCAAACCACCCAUUUGCAAUAACUGGGGAUUUUUCCCCUUUCCCAUCUGUGUGAGCCCCUUUCCCACCUUUGUGAGCACCCCCUCCCCAGCAGCCACUUAAAAUCCCCAGCAAAGCUUUGGUUUUUGCAGGGAGCCUGCCUGGAGGGGUGCAGGUUGGGUGCAUGGGGGGCCGCUUUCAAGGCUUCCCCCUGCCUGUGCCAUCCUGCUGCCCAUCCUGUGGUGGGAUAUGUGGGUGACAGAGUCCCCUGUCCCCUCCCUGGGGUGCUGGCAGGCGGUGGCCACACAGGAUGGCACCCUUGGGUCCCUGCUGACCUGCUGAGAACCCUUAGAGUUAACACUGUGGUCGGAUUUAGCACUUUCUUCAUUACCUCACACUUCAUAAAUAAAUAAGUUUGCAACA